CGACUUUUCUGGCCAUUCUUCUCCCUACUUUCCUUUCGCCGCCUUCAAUUCGUGAACAGAGACAGAGACAGAGAGUGCUCGUUUAUUAACAGUAAAAUCACCAAAAAUCUUCACAACCAAAUUAGGGUUCUAUCAACCAAAUUAGCGAUUCUGAGUUUCAGUUCUCUGAAUUUGCUGAAAUAUGGAAACAAAAAUUUCAGGGUUUUGGCUGGGUUGAUUACUAUUCAUGAAUGAAUAUUGUUAUAUGACAAAAAGACAUUGGGAAUUUGAAGACUGGAGAGAGAGAGAGAGAGAGAGAGAGAGAGGCGAUGGAGCUCAAAGGGAAAUUUGUGACACAGUUUAAAGUACGACAACAGCCUCGAUUGACAACUUUGCUGCUAUCAAAGCGCGCCAAACGCCAAUCACUGGUUGUGCACAGCAUAUUUAGGGAGACUUUUCCUGUUUCAAAUUCUAGGUGGAAAACUCUUGAAGUGCAUUGUGAUAAUAACCAAAGCAUCUGGCAACCAGCUGUUUCCAAGAAUGAUAGCUCAAAACCGCCAGAACUCUCUUUCAACCGGUUACAACUCAGUGACCAGGAAUAUAAUGGCCUACAAAGGCGAAAUUUUGGCCGGUUUGUUGCCCGUGAAGCUGUACUAGAUGAAGAAUAUUGGGUUGGUUCCAUGUCUGACUUCACAUUGCAGACAGCAGCAUGGCUUCGAGCAGAAGCUCAUUGGGAAUCUUUAUCAUGUAUGAGGCAUGUUGAUAGUUAUAAAAGAAAGUAUGCUGAACAGGAGUUCUAUGCUUUGAAGCGAAGAUGUAUGGGGCUGCAUGGAAAUUCUCUCAAGUGCUCUUGUUUUGUUGCAGUUAAGAAGGAAGAUAAAAACAUAAGAAGAACUGUCAUAAACAGUGUUGUGGGAACUCUAGACCUUAGCAUCCGGCAAUUCUUGAGUGGGGAAACAUACCCAGGGGAGGUAAAAAGACCGUCUGCUAUCUUGGCAAGUCGAAAGUAUGCUUAUGUUGCAAAUGUUUGUGUUUCAAAGUUUGCUCGGCGUCAGGCAAUAGCUUCAAAUAUGUUAUAUUUGGCCAUUGAUGCUGCCGCCUUAGCAGGUAUGAAGCAACUAUUUGUUCAUGUAAAUGCAGACAACAAGCCUGCCCAAGAAUUGUACAAAAAAACUGGCUUUAAGAUUAUCGAAGCUGCAUCAUCUCCUCUGUUAGAAGAUCAGAGGCUACUAAUGUCCAUGGAAUUGUAAUAAAGAGCCCUAAACCCGUUUAUGAAGGAAAAGAAAAUAAGGAUAUUUCUUUUCCUUUUUGUUGAAAAAGCCUAACCUUUUGUGAAAACUUAAUGUUGUAAUGAAAUGAUGAAACUCUUUUUCUACUUUUAUUUUGAGCUUUGUAAUUUUGUAUUAAUGUCCCAAUGUAACUAGUAAGCUAGAAGGGCAAUGUAAUUGUUUUAUAAUUUUCUCUAACUCACUGAACAGGGAGAUGUAUUGUUGGAAUUGUUUUGUAUGUAAAAUCUACAGUUCAAUGAGAAAGAGAAAUAUUUGAAUGAAAUUGUACUGUGA